AUGCAUCCUACCGAAUUCCACGGCGGCCCAAGUCCAACUGUUGCCGAAGAAUGGAUCAAAUCCCUCGAGGUUAUUUUCGAGUACAUGGUGAUGAACGACAGUGACCGAAUCCAUUGCGCACUAUUCUUGUUGAAAAACGAAGCCCGAAAUUGGUGGGAAGGCGCAAAGAGUGGAAUCGAUCUAGGAAAUACCACUUGGGAAGCUUUCAAAGUUCUUUUCUUCGAAAAGUACUUUUCCAAGAAUGUCCGAGCGCAAAAGCUUAAGGAGUUUCUCGAACUCAAACAAGGAAACCUAACCGUUGCCGAAUUCACACGCCGUUUCGAGCAAGGAAGCCUCUACGCACCUUUCAUAUCCAAAGACGACACCGAAAAGAUGAAUCACUACCUAAGAGGCCUCAACCCGAUAAUCAAACUUGACGUUCGACUAACCUCUGCCUCUACUUUCCGCGGAGUAGUGGGCAAAGCCUUAGAAGCCGAACAAGACGAGAUGGAAAUCCGACAAUGGAGACCUCCUCACGAUGCCUCUUCUCGACCAUGGAAGAAACCGAACCUCAACAACUCCAAGGGAAAGCAACCGAUCAACCGAGCAACCGUGACCCCGAGCAACAAGCCCUUUUGCCCUAAAUGCAAGCGAGAACAUUCAGGCGAUUGUGUUGCCGGAACCGACCAUUGUUUUCGAUGCAAGAAGCCCGGACAUAUGGUCUGA